AUGGCCAUCCGAUACCCCAUGGCCGUGGGCCUCAACAAGGGCCACAAAGUUACCAAAAAUGUUUCGAAGCCAAGACACUGCCGCCGCCGUGGGCGCUUGACCAAACACACCAAGUUUGUGAGACAUAUGAUCCGGGAAGUGUGUGGAUUUGCCCCUUAUGAGAGGCAUGCCAUGGAAUUGUUAAAGGUCUCUAAGGAUAAGAGAGCCCUUAAGUUCAUCAAAAAAAGGGUGGGAACUCACAUCCGGGCCAAGAGGAAGAGAGAGGAGCUCAGCAACGUCCUAGCUCCCAUGAGGAAGGCUGCUGCCAAAAGGACUAAACUGGACCCUGCCAAUCUUUCCCACUUACCCAAUAAAGAUUUGACAAAUAAAAAAAAAAAAAAGAAAGAAAUACAAAGAGCCCAGAAACUAUCCCAGCAGUAA